CACUUGCUUGAUACUCGAGCCGUGACCUCAGUCCAAAUGGCUGUACGAAGGAUAGCGAUGCGCGCGCUGGCGUGCGUCGCAUGCGCCAGCGCGCUGGCGACCGGCCCGGCCCGCGGCGCCAGGGCAAGGCCGCGAACGGCUGUGGUUACUGAAGCUGCAGCCACAGAUGAGCCGCUGCUGCUGCGCGCCGCGCGCGGCGAGAAAGUAGAACGGACGCCCGUGUGGAUGAUGAGGCAAGCGGGCCGCCACAUGAAAGUGUACCGGGACCUCGUGGCCAAGUAUCCCACCUUUAGGGAGCGGUCCGAGAUCCCCGAGGCGGCGCUGGAGAUCUCCCUGCAGCCCUUCCGCGCGUACGGCGUCGACGGCUGUGUGGAAAUCAAACAGUGAGUCGGGUGCACCGGCAUCGCCACGCCAUCGAGCAGGCGUCGCGCCGAUGGCUUGGAGGUCGCGAACGCGCCGUAAAAUUUGAUUUCCACACAGGUCGACGGCGUCAUCCUCUUCUCCGACAUCCUCACGCCCCUACCGGCCAUGGGCGUCGAGUUCCAGAUCUCGGAAGGCGGCGCCAUCUCCAUCCCGCCGAUCCGCACGGAGGCGGACCUGGCGAAAUUCAAGGGUAAAGGGGAGUUCGACGCAACCACCGCGUGCCCGUUCGUCGGCGAGGUCCUCGGCAAGCUGCGAGAAGAGGUCGGCAACAAGGCGACGGUCCUUGGGUUUGUGGGCCUGCCCUUCACGCUGGCCUCGUACCUCGUCGAGGGCAAGACGGGGACCACUUCGGGAUUUGCGGAGGUCAAAAAGAUGCGCGAGGAAAACCCGGAGCUGCUCCACGGCAUCCUGUCGAAGCUCGCGGACAACAUCGGCGACUACGCCUGCUACCAGGUCGACCAGGGCGCCCAGGUCAUCCAGGUGUUUGAUUCGUGGGCCGGGCACCUGCCCAAGGACCAGUACGAGACGUUCGCGAUGCCGUACCAGAAGCGGGUGGUGGAGGCCAUCAAAGCCAAACACCCGACGACGCCCGUGAUUAUCUACAUGGCCCCUGAUAUCCAUUCCAAGGACGGCCAGUUCCUGGAUCUGUUGGCUACUACGGGUGUCAAUUGCGUGUCGCUCGACUACACGGUUGAUUUCGCGGACGUCAGAGCGAAGAUGCCGGAUCAUUUGGCCUUGCAGGGGAACUUGGACCCGAAACUAUUGAGGGACGGGCCCCUGGAGAAGAUCAAGGAGGAGACGGAAAAAAUCUUGCAAGCGGGCGCGCACAACGGCCACGUCAUGAACCUCGGCCACGGCAUCGAGGCCGACACGCCUGAACCGCACGCGAAGUUCUUCGUCGACACGGUCCAGGGCUUCCGGGCGAAGUAGGUGGUUGGGUAAUUUAUACGUUCACAAACAUUC